AUGGAAGAUGACAGAGUCGAGCAGCAGGGGACCGAGGUGGUGCAGAUUCACUCGGCGUGGAUGAAGCGCAUCGCACGGCAGUGCACCACCAGGCGUGUAGGAGCAGCAGAGUCCAGGGAGCUUCUCGCCGUGCCGUCCGCUGUCGCCGACCUCGCCACCGUCCACCGUGCCACCGUCGAGGCCGUCGAGGACUUCCAGCGCCGGGAGGCCGCCAGCGGCCCUUUCGCCGCCGAGGAGCCCACCUCCAGCGAUUCUUCGGCAGCAUCCACGCCUGACAAUGCCGGUUCGUUGAGGACGUCGGAACCUCCCGCCCAUGGAGUGCUCGAUGGCAGCGAUAUGUUCAGGCUUGACUUAUUCCGGGAAAUCGACCUGGGCUCGUACUACAUGAGCCUGGCGGAGGCCCUGCUCAUGGACCCGCCGCCGCUGGCCACCGCCAACAGCUCGUCCUGGGACAACGGAGACUGCGGCGACGGUGCAGCCGAUUUCUCGCUUUGGAGCUACUAGCUAGUGUCGAUAAC